CCUCUCUCUCUCUCUCUCUCUCCGCGCAAACACAGGUAAUCUCAGCUCAGUAACCAAACCAAACCAAAUCCUUUUCCAUUUUCUCGAAAUUGGAAAUUUGUUUCAUUUUCCCAGUUGUCAUCCACAGUUGUUAUAUAGGCUAUGGCCUUUGAUCUGGAAUCUAUAUCGGAGGCAACAUCAGGAGCCAUAGGAGCACUGGUGAGCACCACCAUUUUGUACCCUUUAGACACCUGCAAAACCAAGUACCAAGCUGAAGUUCGUGCUCACAAUCAGCAAAGAUACAGGAACAUUUCUGAUGUCCUGUGGGAAGCAAUUUCUACCCGUCAGGUUCUUUCAUUGUACCAGGGUCUUGGGACAAAGAACCUGCAGUCCUUUAUUUCUCAAUUUGUUUACUUCUAUGGAUACAGCUUUUUUAAGAGGCUGUACUUGCAAAAAAGUGGAUCCAAAUCUAUUGGAACAAAAGCCAACUUAAUUGUUGCUGCUGCUGCUGGGGCGUGUACUGUCAUAGUGACACAACCUCUUGAUACAGCAUCCUCAAGGAUGCAAACAAGUGCAUUUGGGAAAUCCAAAAGUUUGUGGAAAACCCUCUCGGAGGGCACUUGGAGUGAAGCAUUUGAUGGUCUAGGAAUAUCUCUUCUUCUCACAGCAAAUCCCUCUAUCCAGUAUACAGUAUUUGAUCAGUUGAAAGAUCGACUAUUAAAGGGUCAGCUGGUCAAUCAAAGACAGACAGAGUCAUCUCCUCAAGCUCUUUCUGCCUUUUCUGCUUUUGUGUUGGGUGCACUCUCAAAGUGCAUUGCCACCUGCUUAACAUACCCUGCAAUCAGGUGUAAAGUUAUGAUUCAGUCUGCUGAAUCAGAUGAUGCUGUGAGAGACGAAGCUCAGCUAAAAGCACGAAAAACAGUGUCUGGUGCAAUCUAUUCCAUUUGGAAGAGGGAAGGUCUGCUAGGAUUCUUCAAAGGUUUACAUGCCCAGAUCCUGAAGACUGUGCUAAGCUCAGCAUUGCUUUUGAUGAUAAAAGAAAAGAUCACAAAGACCACCUGGGUACUCAUGCUAGCACUUCAGAGGUAUCUGUUCACAACCCGGACCAGAUUAAAAAGCUCCUGAAUUAGCCAUGAUAAACUGGAUUUCUCUACAUGAAUCUAUCAUAAAUAAAGAGGCUCCAUUCGAAGCAUCCAUCACUGGAAGGUUCAUUUAAAGUGCAAUAAAUGUUUAGGGGUAGAUAGCAGAAAUUCAAUGUCUCCAGUAGGAAGGAUUUAGUCAGUUUUCCUUUUUAUGUUUUUCCAAUUUAUUCCCACUUUUGCUUCUCCUCAAAGUUGUCAUGUUUUUUUGUUGUUUUGUUGUUGUUUGUUUGUUUUAACUUUUGGAGAUCAGGUUGUCAAACUAGAUCCUGAGUUGGAAAAUAAUAACACAAUGUAAGCCUUGACUGCUGUUGUUGAAAAUCUCAAGCUAG